AGGAGCUGUCAAAUUUUUUUGUGUAUUUCCCUGCCUGGCGAUGGCAUGACAGAUGGUGAAUAUUGGCUUCUUAACAGUUUAGCUGUUCAGCUACAUGAGAAGGUACAAGGUAAGGCGAUUCCAGCUUGACGAGGUGGCUAGCUAGCUACCAUCGAUCAAGAAGGGGGUAUUUCUGCUAGCAAAGACCUGGUUGCUGGCCAGAAAUCCAAGGAAAACAACAUGGCUGCCUUGGAGCUCGAAUGGAUCCCGGAGACAUUGUACAACACUGCAAUAUCUGCAGUAGUGGAUAAUUACAGUCGAUCCAGAAGAGAUAUACGUUCCCUCCCAGAGAAUAUUCAGUUCGAUGUUUACUACAAGCUCUACCAACAGGGCCGCCUUUGCCAGCUGGGAGGCGAGUUCUGCGAGCUGGAGGUUUUUGCCAAAGUUCUACGAGCGUCAGACAAAAGGCAUCUCCUCCACCACUGUUUCCAGGCUCUCAUGGAUCACGGUGUGAAGGUAGCGUCAGUUCUGGCCAACUCCUUCAGCCGUCGGUGCUCCUAUAUCGCAGAGUCAGAAGCCCAUGUGAAGGAGAAGGCCAUCCAGUUCGGCUUUGUUUUAGGGGGCUUCCUCUCGGACGCUGGUUGGUAUGGCGACGCGGAGAAGGUGUUCCUGUCCUGCCAUCAGCUGUGUACGCUGCAUGACGAGGUUUUACACUGGUACCGUGCCGUGGAGUGCUGCGUCAGGUUGCUGCAUGUCAGGAAUGGGAAUUGCAAGUAUCAUCUUGGCGAAGAGACGGUGAAGUUAGCCCAGUCGUACAUGGACAAGCUCGCCACACACGGUCACCAUGCCAACAAGGCUGCGCUGUACGGAGAGCUGUGCGCUCUUCUCUUCGCUAAGAGCCACUACGAUGAGGCGUACCGCUGGUGUAUAGAAGCUAUGAAGGAGAUCACAGCAGGUUUACCUGUGAAGGUUGUGGUGGAUGUCCUCAGACAGUCUUCUAAGGCCUGCGUUGUCAAGAGGGAGUUCAGGAAAGCCGAACAGCUGAUCAAACAUGCCGUCUUUCUGGCACGGGAACAUUUUGGACUCAAGCACCCAAAGUAUUCAGACACACUCCUUGAUUAUGGAUUUUAUUUGCUGAAUGUUGAUAACAUCUGCCAGUCCGUUGCAAUAUACCAGACCGCUUUAGAUAUCAGACAGUCUGUGUUCGGAGGGAAGAACAUCCACGUAGCCACAGCACACGAGGACCUGGCCUACUCCUCCUAUGUGCACCUGUACAGCUCCGGGAAAUUUGACAAUGCGCUAUUCCACGCAGAGCGAGCGAUAGACAUCAUCACCCACAUUCUCCCAGAGGAUCAUCUGUUACUGGCCUCCUCCAAAAGGGUCAAAGCUCUGAUCCUGGAGGAGAUCGCCAUCGACUGCCACAACAAGGAGACGGAGGAGCGACUCCUGCAGGAGGCUCACGACCUCCACCUCUCCUCCCUCCAGCUGGCCAAGAAGGCCUUCGGGGAGUUCAACGUCCAAACGGCCAAACACUACGGCAACCUGGGCCGGCUCUACCAGUCCAUGCGGAAGUUUAAGGAGGCAGAGGAGAUGCACAUCAAGGCGAUCCAGAUCAAGGAGCAGCUACUGGGGCAGGAGGACUAUGAGGUGGCCCUGUCCGUGGGUCACCUGGCCUCCCUCUACAACUACGACAUGAACCAGUACGAGGACGCAGAGAGGCUGUACCUGCGCUCCAUCGCGAUUGGUAAGAAGCUCUUCGGCGAAGGUUACAGCGGACUGGAAUACGACUACCGAGGGCUAAUUAAACUGUACAACUCUGUGGGAAACUAUGAGAAAGUCUUUGAGUAUCACAAUAUUUUAUCUAACUGGAAUCGCCUCAGGGACCGACAGUUUGCAGUGGCAGACGCCCUGGAAGACGUCAACACCAGCCCCCAGGACACUGAGGAGGUGGUUCAGGCCUUCCUGCUGUCACAGAGCCACAGGGCUGGACCUCCUGCAUAGGAAAAACACACUCAUGCACAUCUAAUACACACAGGUUUAAAAAAAAAAAAACGAAAGAAAAAAAACAAAGAAGAAGAAGAGAAUGCAUUAGUAUUCACAGUACAUGUAUUAAAUCUACAUCCAUAUCAGAGUUUUACAACGGGAAACCCCCGGUAUUGGAGAGAAGCGGUAGCAUUCAUGGAAUGCUUUUGGAUCCAAACUCUCAGUUCUGUCGCUGGACUGAGUUCCCCUGGGACUCAAACGGAGGAUGGCGUUACGGAAGGAAGACACCUAUGCCAUGCACGUGGAGUCACUUCAAAUUUUCAUCGUCACCCUGUAAAAGUGGACACGAGAAGGGGAAAACCUAUGUACAUAUGAGUCGUUUUAGAAUAUCAAAUUUGUUUUAUGGUUGCCUAAUAGGAUGCCCCCUCGCAACUGAUUAUGCUAUGGUUUGCCACAGAUUCAGAUGGUCUAAGCUUUUACUGCGUGCACCUGCAGAUGUUACUCAUGUAUACUUUUUAGCGGAAGUCACAUAUUUGAUGUUCAAUGUUACAAAGGAGUUUUAAAAAGGAGCUUCAGUUCAUCGACACAUUUUAUUUUUAAUUUUUUCCUCCUUCAGAGUGGCUGCUUCAGCCCCAGUCCAAAGUCUUUAAUGUUUAUAACUUUUAGUUGUUUUUAUUUAGAAAAUACAACACAGCCGUUCAAUUGGAACAUUAUCCUACUCAAAUUAUGUUUUUAUAAGACUUGCUGAUUUGAGGGAUUUUAAGAUCCUUUUAUUACACCCUAAAACGACAAGGUACAAUGGGAAAUGCCAAGUGUUCUUAAGGAAUUUCACAUGCCUAAACCAAAAACAAGAAAGCUGAACAUGGCAUCUACAUUACUUCCCCCUCUUCAGUAUGUACACUUCUGGCCUGCAAACACAAUUGGCUCUACUUUAUUUUUGGCCUUGUGUUAGCCUCCAAUGCAAUGUUGUCUAGCUGUGAAAGUAGAAGUUGUUGUGUAGUAAAUGGGUAUGUUAACUUGUCCAGUCAUAACUAACGUGACCCCUGUUUUAACUGACUACUGUAGGUGCAUUUGAUUUCUUGCCUUGCUUUUGAACAAAUGCAUGUCGGUCACAUGGGUGUUGAUGUUACUUGUGCUGUAAUGUUCCAACUGAAGUCCAAGCCUUAGUCUUAAAGGACGCUCAGCACACUGCUCUUGAGUCUUGAUCUGGUUGUCACAGACAACGUUUGCUCUCCACACCUCCACCAAGAGAGUGAAGCCUAGCCAUGCUGUCUCCCUCACUAGGACGCCUGUUCUAUCUGUUGAACAACCAGCUGCCCGUUUUUACAACUAGCCGAACAGGCAUCGUUUUUAGGAGUUAGAGGAAUUAAUACUGUGUCAAGGGGUGGGUUAAUUUUGAGGCAGUUGAAAAUGUUUGGUGAUUGGUGAGAAACUUUUUAAUAA